AUGGCUGUAAUUGCAGUUGCAGGAGGUACAGGAAACGUGGGCCGGACUUUGGUUGAGGCCAUCGUUGCCACUGGCAAACACAAUGUCAAGAUCCUCGCUAGAAAGGCAAACCCAGACUUGGAGAAGAAACUUGGAGCUCCCAUUAUCGUUGUUGACUAUGCCAAUGUUGAGGCCACGACUAAGAUUCUUGAAGACAACGACAUACACACAGUCAUCUCCGCCAUUACCAUGCUGCCCCCACCAGGUGAAGUUCCUCAAGAAUUUGAACUGAUCCGCGCCGCCGAUGCAUCAAAGACAACUAAGCGAAUUAUCUCGAGCGGCUGGGGUGUGCCCCACACUGAGCAGUGA